AUGGGUCGCCGGUGUUCCCUUCUGACGGCUGGUGCGUUUUUUGACCCCGCAUCCCUCGGGGGGGACUCCUCUCACAUCUGCCGGAGCUUGAUGAGUGCUCCGUUGGGUGACGCAGACGCUCUUCACGAAGCCUUCAUUGAAAAAGGGCAACGUAUCGUAGACCUCAGCGCUCUGGACCAAAUCUCAGAACACGAACUUCUGGGGCUCCACGGACAAGUGUGUCGAUACCGCGGACUCGUCCAACAGCCGCUGAACACAGAGUUCUACGCAGGCGCUGUGGCUUGCCCGCUCUCGUGUAAGGAGCCGUCCGACCAUAUCGUAUGGCACACCAGCAAAUACAGGGACAACCUGCAGUGCUGUUCAGCUCUCAACGCGGACGAAGCCAGGCCGGACGGCAGUUUUCCUCCGGCUGCCGAACCCUGUCGCUUCGCACCCCUGACGAAGCACACCGCGACCGGCAGCCUCGCAGCAAGCCAAACGCAGGACUGCAACGUGCCCGUGCAGAUUUGGAGUCGGUGGCCUUACCGAUGCGUUCUCAUCCCGGGUGAAACCGCUUGGAGCAAACUGACGGCUCAACGCAGAGCAGAUUCGCAGCAGCCCAACGUCGCAUGCGCUACCGGCGCUGAAAAGGGAGCACACCGGAGCCAACGCUCCUCGCUGGUCGACAAUUGCACCAUGCUGGUAUACGGGCCGUCAGGCGGCUGUGGCAGCGACAGGGAGGAAUCGCACGAAAAGGAAGAAACGUCAGCGCGGACGCCUUGGGAGCCCGGACUACUACUCAACGAUGUCAUCGACGUUAUCGGCGUUCUUUCACUUGUUCCCACCUCUGCCGACGUGUCAGGAAAGGCAGAGACCGUGCCAGGUGUGCCAGUGUCGACUGACAACGGCGCUCCCCGUGGAGAAUCUUCUGGAGAAUCGCAGGGAUGUUGCACAGUUGGAGGCCCGCCGCUGCUCGCGGAGCAGCCGACACCCUCCGGCGGCAUCAGCAUUCGUCUGCAUGUGUUCAGCUGGAAACGAGUCUGCUUUUUCAAUCCGCUGGUGGACCUGCCUCUUUCUAACGGUUCUCUAGGUUAUUCGGAGCCGUCGCUGAUGCAGACGUCGGAAGAUGUUUUGUCGACCAGAGACGGCCUUGUCCGCUUCUUGGCACGCGGCGUAGGUGGCGACUUGCUGGCAGCAGAGUAUCUUUUGCUAGCCCUCUGCUGCCGGCAGGCUGGGCCUGUCGGAGAAGAAGCCGCUGCUCCUUUCUCGCGCUUACGGCUGAACCUCGUUUUCGAUUCCUCUGAUCGAAAGCCAGAACGAAAGGGGCAUCUCCCGCUUAUGAAGUCGGAAUGCGGCGGAGAGAGUUGCGGGCGCUUUCCCGAGGAAACUGCGGAGCGACUCUGUCAUGUGCAUCGUGAAUGCGACUGUGUCUUCUCUGCGGAGAGCGAAACAGUGAUGACAAUCCUAGAGAAUCUGGUCCCGUGCGUUGUCGGGGUGUCAGCACGUCCCAGCGCUUUGGCCAGGAGUGCUAUGGCGCCCAAACUCGUGCUCAAAGACGAUUCAGCGGAUGAUCUGGGACGACUCUCUCGGGGUGCACUCCAGUUAGCGCGAGGAACUGUCGUUGUGAUCGACGAGCCGGAGGUAGUAUCAAAGAAGACACUGGAGGAUGCAUGUCGACGCAUCGUCACUUCCGAAUCCGGUCAGGCAGAGGACAGAAAGAUGCAAGAGUUGAGCGCCAAACGCGAAGACGUUUCAGCGCCGCUCGCAGGCACUCUUGAUGCCUCUACUUCGCAUUUGGAAGACAAUCAAUCCAAGGAGAAAAGUAAUCAGAGCGCCGAGGACACAACAAAGAAGCAGCAAGAGAAGAGGGUCGAGGAACUCAAGCGCCAAGCAGCAGAAAGCCUUCGCGCGCUUGAAACCCUUCUAGCGGACGGACAAGUCUCCUAUGACUUCAUUUUCUCCAAGCACCAAGUUGUGACGGAUACUAUCAAUAUCUGUACCACCUCGACGUCGUCCGUCUCGGUGUUUGCCCCCUUUCUUCUACAAGUACCCGUCGAAAGCAGUACCACAAAUAUCCCUCGAGCCUCACUCGAAGCAGUCCGUGACCAGGAGACUGACUGCGCAAGAGCUGAAUGUACGAGGAAUUCAACCAAUGUCAAUGAAGUCUGCCGCCGGAGGAUGCUUGUUGGUGCGGCAAGCAGAAGAGGAAGAGGAGUGGAGAUUCCGGAUGAAACUAGACAGGUCAUGAUUGAAGACUGGGUGCGUAUCCGUCAGGAGGAACGAAGCGUCAAAAGCGAUGAGUUCCCCGUUUGGCUUGUCCUCGCGGACGCCAUGGCGGCUUCUUUUGGAGAAGGAUGUGUUCCCCUGCUUCGUGAAUCACCCGUAGGGGAAACGACCGAAGGCAGUUGCGGACAAACAGCUGGGGUUCUGAAGCUAGAGCACUGGCAACGCAUUAUGGAGCUCGAAACGCGCCGACGUGCGCGUCUGGCUGCCAAGAAGGUGUCCCGCGGGGACAGCAACAGCCUGUCCCAUUAA